AUGGUGGUGGUUCUGGUGGUAGUGGUAGUAGUAGUAGUGGCAGUGGUGGUAGAAGUAGUAGUGGUAGUUGUGGUUGUAGUAAUGGUUAUGGCGGUAAUGGUAGUAGUAGUAGUGGUGGCUGUGGUGGUGAUAGUAGUGAUGGUUCUGGUAGUGGUAGUACUAGUAGUGGUUGUAGUGACUGUAGUAGUAGUGUUAAUGAUGGUUGUGGUGGUAGCAAUAGUAGCAAUAGUAGUGGUGGUGGUGGUUGUGGUGGUGGUAGUACUAGUAAAGUUAGUGGUGGUUGUAGUGGCUGUGGCGAUAGUGGCAGUAGUAGUAGUGGUAAUGGUGGUUGUAGUGGUGGUGGUAGUAGUGGUAGUGUUGAUUGUAGUGGCAGUGGAGAUAGUAGCAGUAGUAGUAGUGUUAAUGGUGAUUGUGGUGAUAGCAAUAGCAGUCAUGGUGGUUGUGGUGAUAGUGGUAGUAGUAGUGGUGGUUGCAGUGUCCGUGGAGGUAGUGGCCGUAGUAGUAGUAGUAAUGGUAGAAGCAAUAGUAGUAGCAGUAGUGUUAGUAGUAGUACCAAUACUAGUAGUAUUGGAGUCAUGCGAUUUGCCAGUGGUGCUUAUUGUAACAAUCAGAAAACACAAACGAUGUUGUGAUGUUACUCACAGUGCAGAGCUGGCAUUUGCUGUGGAACCAAGUGAUGUCAUUGCAGCACAGCAGUACCCCCUGAUGCUGCACUGUCAGGUGGAGGGGAUCCCACCUGUCACUAGCUUCUGGAGGAAGAACGGUGCCAUAUUAGAGGACAGUCAACGCAACUAUAUGCUUACCAAUGGAUCCCUUAACAUCCCAGUGUUUCAGAAAAAGAGGAAUGAUGGUUCUUCUGAUGAAGGAGAGUAUGACUGUGUUGCCCAAAACCGCUUUGGACUGGUUGUGAGCCGUAAGGCAAAGGUGCAGGCUGCAACUAUGUCAAGCUUCCAUGUCCAACCACAGUCAGUGGUAGUUGAGGAGGGAGGAGUUGCAAGAUUCCAGUGUCAGAUUCAUGGGUUACCAGAGCCUGUAAUCACAUGGGAGAGAAAUGGGACACCUGUGAAUACCAUUUAUGAGAGAUAUACCCUCUUGCCUACUGGAGUGCUACAGAUAACUGGUGUAAGAGCAGAAGACAGAGGGAUAUAUAGAUGUGUUGCUACCAAUAUUGCUAGUGUGAAGUACAGCGAAGCGGCCAGCCUCACAGUAUCAGGCUCACAUUCUAAUGGAUACAAAGACCCAAUGAUUUUAGUUGGACCAGAAAACCUUACCCUAACUGUGCAUCAAACUGCCAUAUUAGAAUGUAUCGCCACUGGCAACCCAAGACCCAUUGUUUCAUGGAGUCGGCUUGAUGGCCGUCCAAUUGGUGUUGAUGGAAUACAGGUACUUGGAACUGGAAAUCUGAUGAUCUCUGACCUCUCGGUACAGCAUUCUGGAGUGUAUGUGUGUGCUGCCAACAAACCUGGUACCAGGGUACGAAGAACCGCUCAGGGAAGGCUCGUGGUUCAAGCACCUGCCGAGUUUGUACAGUACCCCCAGUCCAUCUCAAGACCUGUUGGAACCACAGCUGUUUUUACCUGCCUGGCACAGGGAGAACCCACUCCUCACCUAACCUGGUUAAAAAACGGGCAGAUCCUAGAGCCAAGUGACAACAUAAAGCUGAGAAACAACAACAGCACUCUCACAAUAUAUGGGAUUAGCCAGGAGGACGAAGCUAUUUACCAGUGUAUUGCAGAAAACAGUGCUGGUUCCACCCAGGCAAGUGCACGCCUGACUGUUUUAUGGGUAGAUGGUUUGCCUGGUCCACCUCAGAAUGUGAAAGCUGUAACAGACUCUGCAACUGCCAUUGAAGUUUCGUGGACCGAACCAAGGAAGAACACACAAGAAAUCAUUGGUUAUGUGCUACACAUCAGAAAAACUGCUGAUCCUGUUGAAAUGGAGUACCAGGAGGCAGUGAGCAAAAAUACUUUUCAGCAAUUAGUAACGGAUUUAGAGCCUUCAACAAGUUACAGCUUUCAUGUGAAGGCCUAUACCUCCCGCGGAGCAAGCAAGCCUUCUGAAGUCAUUCAGGCAAUCACUCUGGGCGAAGUGCCUGCUGUGCCAUCUCUCUACAUAAAAGUUCUGAACAAUACUGCUAUCCAGGCAGUAUGGGAACCCUCCUCUAAGCUGGGUCAACAUGACGGCUUCAAGUUAUACUAUCGUAAAGUCCAUGUUUCUGACUUCAUAGGACCUGUACUACUGCCGCACAAUAUUACAUCAUACAACAUCACACAGCUAGAUCCAUCUGUUGUGUAUGAAGUGAAGCUACUUGGAUAUAACCAUCAUGGGGAUGGAAAUUCAACUAUACGCUUUGUAUCCCUAAGAGAUGCCACAGAUAAAACAGUACUGAAUACUCCUUGUGACUGUAUGAAAGACGACAAGAACAAUAAAACCUCAACAACAGGAAUUAUCAUUGGCAUUCACAUUGGAGUCACAUGCAUUAUUUUUUGUGUUCUUUUCCUCAUGUUCGGAUACAGAGGAAGGCUGAUGAUGUGUAAGAGUGCACAGGACCACUUGGCAACUCCUCAAGUCACAAGGGAUCAGACAAGCUCAUUGGGACCCAUUCUGAAUGGAGCAGCUCAGAGGGAAAGAGAUGACAUGGCCCCCACUGGGAAAAGAAUGGAUAUUAAUGAAUUGGAGAGAUUGUUUCCAGCUUCACAUUCAAAAGAGCAGCAGAAUAAAGGAAUUAUGGUAAGAUCUAUUCACUGCUAUGGUUGUUUUUCUGUUAACAGGAUUGUUCAUGCAACAUUUUCAAAUCCUCAUAACGUCCACGGAAAUGAGGCACUUGAAGAGGCCUUUAACCAAAAUAAGAAACUAGGCAUCAACAUGUGGCCCAACAGGAGUGCAGCUGACCCUGUUUUGAUGUAA